ACGUGGCGAAGCAGAACAACACAGCAGUGUUUUUAUAUUAUCCCCCAGCACUAUUAAAUACUUUUUUAUCUAAUGGGGGAAUACGGUGUAGGAUUACAGUCACUUUCACCUGUGGAUUUUAACCGUUUUGUGAAUAAUCAGUCGUUGUUUUCACCUGAAAAUUCUCCUCGUACGAUGCAAGAUGAAAUUUUGUUGGAAAAGUCGGCUGCUAAACAGCAGCAACUUUCACCUUCAUAUAACCAGAUUUCGGAUCAAAACGGAGAUACUGUAGUGAAAAAUGGACAGUCAGACGUCCCAAGUUUUCACAAUGAUGAUAAAACUAUAGAAAACGUUGUAAAUACGUCUUCAUCUCCUAUAGAGGCAAAUUCACAGUUGAUCACAUCUUUGGCAAAUGUAAGCCAGAAUUUCUGGACGCCCCCUCAAGUGCAGGAGGAUACAUUUAAUCAGGGGGCAUUUCAAAGUAUUAAUGGAACUGUCAGUUUUCAACACUUGCCACCUAAUGCUCUAGUAAAUGCUGGAAACAUAAUGCAAGCAGCUCAGAUCUCGUCACAAAAUUUGGGUCAGAGACGAGCAAUCACUGCACAGCACAACUUUCCACAGAGGCCAAUGCAGCAAGGUAUGAUUCUGAAUAAUGCCAAAAAUUAUCCCCAGUGGAGUAACGCCCAUGGUCAAGCCCAUGCCACAUUAUCUCCUUGGACCCAAGCCCAGCUUCAGCAGCAUCAUCAACAUCAAAGAAGAUCUGUACCGAAUAUGAACAUUCCUGCAUUUGCACAACUAAAGAAUAUAAAAAGUUUUCCACAGGCUCAGCAGACACUUUCAGUAAUUGCACCGUCCAAAUUUCGCAGAAGUACCUCUUUCCCGAGCCAGAUACAUCAAGCUACCUUUGCCAAGCCAAAUGUGGAUUAUGUAGGACUUGAUGAAGUACAACAGAGGGAAAAUUAUUUGUCGUACCAGGAGCGAGGCGGCUCAACUGAUACCAUGAAGUUUACAAACUUUGAAAACCAGCUACUGGACAUUAUGAGAACAACAAACAUGGCAGAUCAGGCCAAUCAGAUCAAAGCUUUGAAUUUCAAGCAAAAAUUAGGGAAGGUCCCACAGUUUAUGUUUAAUGACGACCCAAGUGGAGCAUUAGUUGAAGACACUUCCUUGGACCAGACAGUGCCGAGCCUGGGGUCACCGGUCAAUACGUCACCUAUAGGGGAGAGAGUAGAGAGAUUCUCAAGAAAAGUGUUUGUAGGAGGACUUCCCCCAGAUAUAGAUGAAGAGGAAAUUACAAUAGCAUUCCGGAGAUUUGGACCUGUAGUCGUAGACUGGCCACACAAAGCUGAAAGUAAAUCGUACUUUCCUCCUAAAGGUUACUCGUUUCUGUUGUUUCAAGAUGAGGUCUCGGUUCAGAGUCUCAUAGAGCAGUGUAUUGUUGACGAUGACAAACUAUAUUGGUGUGUCUCCAGUCCAACCAUGAAAAAUAAACCUGUCCAGAUUCGACCAUGGAACCUUAGUGACUCUGACUUUGUCAUGGAUGGAUCACAGCCUUUAGAUCCAAGAAAGACAAUAUUUGUGGGUGGGGUACCCAGACCACUUAGAGCAGUUGAGCUUGCUAUGAUAAUGGACCGUCUGUACGGAGGUGUAUGCUAUGCUGGUAUUGAUACGGACCCGGAACUGAAGUACCCGAAAGGUGCUGGAAGAGUGGCUUUCUCCAACCAGCAGAGUUACAUCGCUGCAAUUAGUGCCAGAUUUGUCCAGUUGCAGCACGGUGAUAUAGAUAAACGGGUUGAGGUAAAGCCUUAUGUGCUAGAUGACCAGAUGUGUGAUGAGUGCCAGGGAGCACGGUGUGGCGGAAAGUUUGCACCAUUCUUUUGUGCUAAUGUAACCUGCUUACAGUACUACUGCGAGCACUGCUGGGCCCAGAUUCAUUCCCGACCAGGACGAGAGUUCCACAAGCCCCUCGUCAAAGAGGGUGCAGAUAGGCCGAGGGCAGUGCCGUUUCGUUGGUGUUAAAUCCAGUUCGGGAAAUCACAGAUCGUAUUAGAAUGAAAAAUUUGCUACACAGAUGGAGAGGGAGGAAAAAAAUGGUGUCGGGUUUUUGUUAUGAGAAUUUCUUUUGUAUUAUUUUUGUGGGAUUUUUUUAAACAUUGCAAGUUUGAAUAUAUUUUUGUAUUUUUAUUUUGAUAUUUUUGAUUCCUAGUUUUGAUUUGUGAACUCGGACUGACCUUAUCAAUACUUGGUGCCGAUCAAAUAUGGUUAGUGAUAAAUGUAUGAAAUCCUUAUUUUCUAGCGAAUUAAUCAAGCUUUGAUAUAUCGGAAUUGGUGACCAGUGUUUUUCACUUUUAUAUUUUGGUAUAGGAAAGCAAUAAUAUAAAAAACAGUAAAAAAAAAUGAUAUGUAGUAAUUUCUUGUUUUGCUUUGCAAAUUGAGAAUGUAAUAUGAUUUUCAUUUCUUUUUUGUAAGAAUAGUUUAUUUUUGUACGUUGAGGUUGCAAAUUCAUUCAUGUUAUGGUUGCCUCUUAUUUAUUGUUUAGUGUUUGGGGUAUGUCCGCCAUUCAAUAACACAUUAUUUCAGUACUUUAUUUUUAACCAUUUUUCACUCUAUACAUUCCAUUUGUGUUUCAUUUUGAGAAGAAAAAAAGAAGGACUGUUAAACAUGCACCAUUUUGACCCAGUAAAAUCUACUACUAUUUCUUGCUGGAAUGUUACACUGGAGGGUGUACAAAGCCAUUUUAUUUUAGGGAGCACGCUGCACUAAUGAGAAUUUGCAAAUCAAAUUGCUUACUUCAGAUUUCAGUAGGAGAAUUUAGAAAUUACAGCUCUUGUCACUUACUUGACAUUUUCUGUUAGCAGGUAACAUUUCCAGAUAACACCAUGAAUGAUGUAUUGAUUUUAUAAGUAUGUCAGAAAGGACGAAAAUUCAUGUAGAUACGUUUGAUUAGAUACAAACUAGUCCAGGGAAAUGUGUACGAUACUUAUUAUCACUUACUUAAAUAGAAUUUAUCAAACCAGAACAUUUUAUGAGAAAAUCUGAUUUUGCGUAAUUCCUCGGUGUCGAAUAUAAAAUUGGAUAUCUAAUAUUUAUUUGGCUAUGUUCUUCACUAGUUUCAUUUUUAAUUUAAUUCAGAGCUAAGACAUAAAUUUUAUUUGACAACAAGAGGUUUUAUCACAUAUGCUUAGUAAUAGAAAACAUUACUGCCAUGUUGUCCCGUAAAGAGCAUUGACAUUUGAAAAAUCUUGAUCUCAAUCAAGUGCAUAGGUGUCGCCAGUACAGGUUUUUGUCCUCUUUUGUUUUUUCCUUUCAUUUUUAUACGCCUGUUUGAAAAACGGGACGUAUUAUGGGAACGCCCCUGGCAGUUGGGCGGGCGGGCGGCGUCCACAGACUUUGUCCGGAGCAUAUCUUCUUCAUGCAUGGAGGGAUUUUGAUGAAACUUGGCACAAUUGUUCACCAUCAUGAGACGGAGUGUCGUGCGCAAGAACCAGGUCCCUAGGUCUAAGGUCAAGGUCACACUUAGCGGUCAAAGGUCAAAUUUAAGAAUGACUUUGUCCGGAGCAUAUCUUCUUCAUGCAUGGAGGGAUUUUGAUGUAACUUGGCACAAUUGUACACCAUCAUGAGAUGGAGUGUCAUGCGCAGGUCCCUUCUUUAGAAUUACUUCCCUUUGUUGUUACUAUAAAUAGCUUAUAUUUAGUCGUAGGGAAAAAUCGAGGCUACUUUACUGUAGUACAACAUGCAUGUUACAUCCAAUUUUGAGGUGUAUUUUGACCUAUCUCUACCUGGUAAGGAUUUUUGUGUGGACUUAUAAUUUUUUAUUUUUUUUUUCGAUUUUUAAAAAAUUUUUUAGAUUAACUUCCCUUAGUUGUUACUAUAAAUAACUUAUAUUGUAACUUUUUUAUAAUUGACCAUAGGGAAAAACCAAGACCACUUUUCUGUGGUACAACAUAGAUGCUACUUCCAACGUUUAGGUGUAUUUUAAGGUAUCUCUACCUGGUAAGGAGUUUUUUUGUGGACUUAGAAAAACAAAAGAAUUACAAUAAUUUCUAAACAACCACAAAAUUAAAAUUCCAUUUGCAAAUACAGGUGCUAGUGUAAAGAAAUUUGCUGUGACGGGCGUAUAUUGUGACAUUCUGGCAAUCUUGUUUUUUUUUUUAAUAUAACAUCAAAGAUUACAGAAAGUUGCUUCUUUUUAAGAAUUUAAAUUUCCGGAGGACUGAAAUGAUAGAAAUGAGUCUACGCAAUGCAGAGGCUGCUAUUAGGAACAUAUUAUUUGAAUGGAUGUAGCAUUAAAGAUUUGUCUGUUGUGUUCUCAAUUUAUCUAUAUAGUUUUCUUGCCAUUUUUUACCCUUUUUGUUACAUUUUGUUUUAUUUAUGCACUCGUUUUUUGAUAGAUUAUUGUAUUUAUAUUUUGAUAGGCUCUGUGAAUAGGGCAUCUAUAUUUAGAUUAUGUUGAUACCUAUUUUCAUUUUUAGUUGAUAUGUGCUGGAAUUUCAAGUACCGGUACUACAAAUAAUAAUUUGUCAAAAAAGGGAUUUCAUUUGGUUUUGUAACAUAUUGAAUGAGAGAAAGUAUUAUGUUAAACCACACUAACUGGUUGUAAAUAGAGGUGAUAUAUAUAUAAUCAUUUUAUUACCUAGAGUUUUUUCUACUGGGCUGUUUGCAAUACCAUGUUUAAAUAUAGUAUAGUUAUUAUAAAUAGUUUUAAUAUCCGGAGGUAAUAAAGUAUAAAUUGAUGGGAGAAAGAUGUGUUUUCAAAUCUCAUGGUAGGCUUUGUUCAUAGAUAUUUCUUUGCCAUUGUUCAGGAAAGAGCUGAUUUGAAAGUGUUCUUAUGAGAAUUGUAGAAUGAAAAUUAUUAGAUAUCUGAAUUUAAGAUUCUGAUCCCUAUGACAUACCAAAUUAUGAAGUAGAUUGGCUAUAUAUUUUCAGCAUUUUCAAAAUUUUAUCUUCGAGUGAAACCCAGAACUGCCAGAAACUACUAAUUUUUAGAGGAGUUGGAGCACUUUAUAUUUGUGGUCUUCAUGGAGAAUACAAGGAGAAUACAAUUUCCUAUGGUUGGAAGGUGUGUCUGAUAAUUUUUCAUCAAUAUGUGUAGAACUGAAUCAGUAGGCAUAAGAAAGUUUCGAAUAAAGUUUGCCGUAGAUUUUAUGUGGGAAUGUUUCGAUGUAACGGUUUGGAAAUGAGUCACGUCUAGUCAGCUAAUGUGGUCAGUUUGCUUACUGAAUUUGGGCCUUGUUUUUUUUUUUAAUUUGUUUUAUAUUUUUGUUAAUUAUAUAUUUUCCUGAUUUUGUUGUGCUAGUGUAAUUAGAUAUUUGCUAUACUAAAUUGGAAUUAUUUAAGCUGUCGUAUUUUAUUUAAGCAUUUUAACACAUGUUUGUAUAUGUACUGAAGGUAUGCUAUGUUUUAAGAGUUGAUUUUAUACAGUUUGGCAAAAUAUUGCUGAAAAACAGAAAUUACUGAAAUAUAAAGAAUUUCGAGAAUCUUACAAACUCCUCAGGUUGUUACGCAUUGUUUUUUUUUUUUUGGCAUCAUGCUCAUUUCAACAAAGUAAAUUAGGUUCUGGCAAGUUAAUGCAGUCGUAAAAUACAAAAUUGAGGCAUUCUAUUUGUAAUUAGGAACAGCCUGAUUCUAAACGGGAAAUUGUUAAAGGUUAGCUGAAAUCACCAUGGUGAUGGAAUAUGUUUCAGAAAUGAAACUUUAUAACUACGAUUUUGUUGUAUAAUAUCACCAAGUAACAUAUUUACAAAUGUCUUGAACGUACAUGUAAAUAAAGAUAUAGUACUCAAGAAUUCUCCACAAUUUAUUAUUUUCACAGUCGUGAAUGUUGCUUAUACUUGUAAGUUUUAUACCGCUUCAUUUAUACAGGACUGAAUUACAGAUGCAAACAAAUUUUUAUUUUUUGAACUCAUUUGUAUUUAUAGAAGUAGAUGUUGCUCAAAAGUGAGUUUGUAGUUUUUUUUUGUAAAGAUUUUAAAACUAACAUGUAGAAAACUAUAAAAAUACAAUCUGUGAUUUUAUUUGUGUUUAUGGGGGCAAGUUAUAGUUUAAAUUUUGUUGUCUUAUUUAGUGUGUUUUUAAGUAUUUUAAAGCAUUUAAAUGCGGAUAAAAGAAGUUUUUAAUUCUAGUCCAGCUUCUAUUUUUAGCUUUAAAGUAGUCUGGUGCACAGUCUAGUCCAUUAAGUCUGAUUAUCAUCCUAUCUAGUCCACAGGUUUGAAAACCAGUCUGGUAAAAGAUGUUUUGGUCCUUGUUUGGGGAAAUUAGUUACAUUCAGUGUUUACUAGUUGUAACUUUUGAUCUUCAUGUGCUAAUAGAUAGAAUUUAAUAUUAUUUGAGUAUUUAUUAUUUCAGAGUAAAGAGUUUUUUAAUUUUGAAGAUAGAAGUUCUUUUAUAUGUAGUUAUAUAUAUAUAAAGAUGUUCUAGUCAAAGUGAUGUAUCAUAGAUUUUCCCUGAUAGAACAAGAAAACAUGAUAAAUGAAAGUGAGUUGUGUAGAGACUGUACUCAAGUGUGCUGUUAUUGAUGCCGGCAGAAUGCAGGAAUCAGCUGUCAAAAGGUUCCUUAGAGACUCUUUGAUUUGUCAAGUGUGCAUUAUAAAAUUAUGUAAAGCUUCUGUUAAACUGAACUACCAAGUGUAUUGCAGCAAAUUGUGGGUAACUUUGAUUUGUUCUUUUAAAUGUAUAUAGGAUAAAAUGUUUACAAUGCCGUUUUCAGUCAAAAUUACAGUAGUCACUUAUUGAAUGGCUUGAUGGUCAAUAGUCAAAACUGUAGCUGAUAGACUGAGGGCAUAAUACAGUCUUAUCUGUGGUUGGUGAGCCAUUCGGUAAGUUUAUUACAUGACGUCAGAAAUAAUUUUCACUUCAUGUUUUUAGUUUAAGCCAGCAAAAUUAAGUGUUAAAAAUAGAUUGUUCAUAUAGCGCAAGCUGUGGACUAGCGAUUUAUACGUGUUGUGUAGUAAUGAUAAAUAUUACGCCCUUUUAGCAAAUGGUUGCACCGAAGAAAUAUUGGCAGUUUUGAAUGAGCUAUAUUCCCAAAAUGGAAAAAUUUAGUAAAACUUGAUUGUUACAAAAUUUCAUACGGGACAUAAACAGUUGAAAUAGUAUUUCCUGGUUCAGAACAUCAUUCUUAAGUACAGACUUUACGUAGCAAACACGAACGUUUUGCCGAUGCACUCAAUUUGUUUGGCUGUAGGCAAAGCAGGAGGAGUGACAAAAACGCCUUGUGGAAUUAUUUUGUUACACUUUUAGUAGAAAUAGUUGUUACCUAUUUAUUCAAUUGUUGUUAAUAUUAUUCUCACUUUUGUCUUGUUACUGUAUUUAUUGCACAGGUGAUUUAUUUUAAUCUACUUCAUUGUUUCUUCAUAUUAAGUUAAAAUGUUUCAUGUUCAAGUUCAUUUUUCUUAUUGUACUUAAAAGUAUAGAAAAAAAUAAUGUUGUAAAAUACUUAAGAGCUUAUGUUCUUUUUUACAUUUUCACACAUGAUUGUCAUGCCAAAUUUUAAAUGAAGAACUAGUGUCUGUGUUGUUUAAAAAUAGAUACUAUUUUCAUAAAAUUUUGUAGUUUCCAAUCCGGUUGUGGUGAUUUGUAGAAUAGUCUAGAUGUUUUUGUUUUUCCAUCCUUGUGAAAUGUUGUUCGCAUCAACCAUCCAGAAAAAUAUACAAAAGAAUUUUUUUUGUUGCUUUUAUACAAGUUUAUGCUCUUGUAACAUUCAUAACUGGAUAGGAAUGUCGAUUUACUCUAGUAACUGACAUUCGGAAGAAAAUUAUUCAUUUUCUUAAGAGUUAUCUCCUUUACAUUGCAAAAUCUAAAUGUGAUAAAAAUAAGAUAAAAUCUUUUGUUUUUAUUAGUUUCAGUGUUGCUGAUAUUGAGGGAGGGAGGUUUUUCAGUUAGGGUUUAGAUCAUUUUAAAAUGUCUUGAAUUGAACUUAUGCACCAAUGGGUUAAAGGUAAUUGUUGUAGAAUAAAAGGUUUGUUCAGAAAUAGAAGGUUUUUAUAUUAAUUUUUAUCCUGGGAUGAAAAUAUACUGUUGUAGAAACAAAAAAAAAUUUUGCUCCAAAAUUAAGUCAAGAGAGCAGAAAUAAAUCUUACGUGUGUAUUUAGCAAAAAAGGCAUAUAGGAAAAUAAGAGCAAAAGUCAUAAAUCAAUGGAAAUUUGACCUAUUUUACAUUAAUACUAAAGCAAUAAUAAAGUAAAUGACAUUUGGUAUCAAAUAGAAGAGUAUAAAUCAUGUAAACUUUACAGAAAUUUCCAUGUAAGUGAAAUGCUGCAAAGCUUUCUCAUAUUUGAGAGAAGCCUUUGAUGUUGCUCACUGAUAUAUGGUAUCUUUCUGUUAAAGAAUUCUCCUGGUUUCUAUCAUGUCUGUCUGGGGUUGAAGGAAUAUUGGCAAGAAUUCCUGACAAGGAAGUACUUUACGUUUAAUGGAAAGGCAAUGCUGUUUUGAUAUUAAUUCUGUCUGCUGGGAUUAUGAAGUAAAAGAAUUUUCAAAAUAAAAAGUUAAAAACGUAUAAAUAUUUGAUCAAAAUGGCAGCCAUUUUGUUUCCAUAGCAACAUUCAACAAACCGAUGGACUUGUUAAAUUUUUAGAUAUUUUUUGGACUUUAUUUCUGUGAGAUAAUUUCUCUACAUUUUCCUUUUUUCCAACUUUAACGAAAGCAACAGCAUUGUUUUACAUCUUAAACAAAAACAUUAAAGUUAAUCUAUUUAAAAGGUCAUUUACUGAAUAAAAAACAGCAGUGUGUAAAUGACAUCAUUCACAUAUUGAAAUGGCUGCCUUCACAACAAGUCAUUUUUAAAAAAAAAAUCAAACUUCCAUAUCUUUUUUACUUGUAUAUAUGGUCAGAUUUAAAAAAAAAAGUCUUGAAAAGCUUUUGGACGGCUUUCAUAUAAAACCAACUUAGUCUCGGACAUUCAUGGCCUUUAGAAAUGGAAGAUUUUUGUUUACACUUUAAGGUAAACAUUUUCUUCUUUUUAUGCCCCCGAAGGGAGGCAUAUAGUUUUUGAACCGUCUGUCAGUCUGUCCGCAAUUUUCGUGUCCGGUCCAUAUCUUUGUCAGCGAUGGAUGGAUUUUCAAAUAACUUGGCAUGAAUGUGUACCACAGUAAGACAACGUGUCACGCGCAAGACCCAGGUCCAUAGCUCAAAGGUCAAGGUCACACUUAGACAUUAAAGGAUAGUGCAUUGAUGGGCGUGUCCGGUCCAUAUCUUUGUCAUCGAUGGAUGGAUUUUCAAAUAACUUGGCAUGAAUGUGUACCACAGUAAGACGAUGUGUCGCGUGCAAGACCCAGGUCCAUAGCUCAAAGGUCAAGGUCACACUUAGACGUUAAAGGAUAGUGCAUUGAUGGGCGUGUCCGGUCCAUAUCUUUGUCAUCCAUGGAUGGAUUUUCAAAUAACUUGGCAUGAAUGUGUACCACAGUAAGACGACGUGUCGCGCGCAAGACCCAGGUCCAUAGCUCAAAGGUCAAGGUCACACUUAGAUGUUAAAGGAUAGUGCAUUGAUGGGCGUGUCCGGUCCAUAUCUUUGUCAUCCAUGGAUGGAUUUUCAAAUAACUUGGCAUGAAUGUGUACCACAGUAAGACGACGUGUCGCACGCAAGACCCAGGUCCGUAGCUCAAAGGUCAAGGUCACACUUAGACGUUAAAGGUCAUUUUUCAUGAUAGUGCAUUGAUGGGCGUGUCCUGUCCAUAUCUUUGUCAUUCAUGCAUGGAUUUUAAAAUAACUACGCAUGAAUGUGUGACUCAGUAAGACGACAUGUCGCGUGCAAGACCCAGCUCCAUAGGUCAAAGGUCCUAAACUCUAACAUCGGCCAUAACUAUUCAUUCAAAGUGCCAUCGGGGGCAUGUGUCAUCCUAUGGAGACAGCUCUUGUUUUUGUUAUUAUCUCGCACCUUGAUACUCAUUUAUGAUAUAUAACGUCACAUCACAUUAAGUAAUAUUUGAUAAAAAAAACUGAUAAGAUGCUCUCAUUUUGCAGAGUGAUGUGAGUCUGUUUUAUUCAUUUUUAUUUUGCAUAAAUGAGACAUGCUUUUAAACAUCAUUAAACACACAUUUUCACAUUUGUUUUCCCCCUUUCAUUUAUGAACUGUAGCAUUUUGUUUUGUAUAAUAGAUCAUCUUUUAUGAGGGAUUUAUUUUUUUGUUGUGAUUUUUUUUUCGGGGUGCUAAUAUAUUUUGCAUACUUUUUAUUUUGAUUAUGUAGGGCAUAAUGCCCAGACUGGGAUAUCUGUUGGUUUUAGACAGAUUUCCCUGGCUGUAGUGGGGGUAGACAGAAAUUUCAUUUGUAAUAAUUUUCUUAAUUUUUUUUUUUUUAAAGAAUUUUAUUAGCAUUUUUAUGUGAAAAAUUGCCUUCAUAACUUUUAAUCAGCAUUUAUCGUCCUAUUUUAUUAGGAAUCAGUAAAGCAGACAUAUAAACAUUUAACGGCAUGCUUUCAUUAAGAUAGUAGUUUGAUUAUCAUAAUGCUUAAAGAUUGGAAGUUCGAUGACUUUAACCAAUACAGCCGGUUUUGAAGGAUCUUACAGAAAAUAUAGAGUAAAUAUUGUAAAGUAUAUGGGUGGGAAGGAAUGUAACUGUUACGAUUUUGAUCUGGUAGGCUGAUGUAUAUGUUUCACAGGAAACUACAUUAACUAACUUUUGCAGACAGAAUCUGUACCAUUCACCUUUUCAUGCAAAUGAACAUGACCUAUUGUCUUUGAUAAAGACAAUAAAAUUAAAUGUAUUUUAUACUUCCGUAGAAUGAAAACUCAUUACAUUAUAGUAGCGGUAUCAUUCCAAGAAAAAAAAGAUAUUUUUGUAUGUCCAGAAUCCAUUGUGUUCACACAGUAUUCCCCAUCCUCAGCAAGACUUGAAUACUUGCUCUGAGUUUAUAACAAGAUGUAGCUUGAAUAGGCAUUUAUAAAAGUAUUUUUUAAAAUUUCAGCAACAAAGAACUGCUGUAGGAAAUGUACGAACAAAACACUUAAGAGAUAAAUCAGUAUAGAUGAACACACUGCACUUAAUUUGAAUCAGUCAUAAAUAUUGUACUUUCUGACUUCAGGUUUAAUGGAGAAACAAAUAUUGAAAUCAUUGAUCUGCAUGUUGUGUAUCAAUAUGCCUCAGUCAGUCUUUGUUAUAAACCAGUGCAAUUAACUGCAUUGUGCAACUGCUCUUCCACACAUUGAAAUAAUUCACUAAGCAUCCGUUACUUCUAUUUAUCUUGCUUUCAAAAAGCCAUAUAAACUGUACUUGAGGGAAACCAUUGCUGCAAGCAGUGGCCAUAUACAGUUAGUGACUUAUUUGAUUUCACUUAGAAUUAUAAUUCAUUGUUAACAACUACAUUUUCCUUUCACAUGAAAGCGAUACUGGUUUAAUAUUUGAUGUAGCGAUAUAUUUGCUAAAGUACAGUAUAUGAAUGAAGCUUGUAUGCAAUUUUUAUCAAGUUUGCGAGAGGGAGAAUAUAAGCUUUAACACAAAGUGUUCAUUUUUGUAUACAAUUUGAUAAAUCGGUAGAUUUUCUAGCUCACGUUUUGUAACAGAUUUCAAUGUUUUUAGUAUUUUUCAAGGCUAUUUUUGGUACUAGUCAAUGGGUGUUGUGAUUUGCAUUUAUCCUAGGUGGGUUGUAAAAUGUUCAGUAAAUGUUGUCCUAAUGUUGUAAAUUUUUAUAUCAUUAUUUCUGUUGAAACAAAGUGUUAAAAUCUGUACCAUCAGCACUGUGUUAACAGUUCUUAUAGCACUCCUGGUCACAAAGUUAGAUCACACUCUAUACCUACCAUGUUACAGUUUUUGCACCCUUUGAAUAACUCACUGAACUCUUUGAUACAUGUAUCUAUACACAUUUGUUUCAAUGAGAGUAGGUUUGAAAAUAAAAAAAAUACACCCCGUUAUAAAUUCAGAGAUCACAGUACUUUCUUUUUGGUAAGAUUUGAGUAUUGGAAUAAAGUGUGAAAUCAAGAAUAUGUACUAUGUUUUAAAUUCCAAGAAGAUAAGAAAUAGGGUUUGGUCCAUAUGUUCUUAAUGAAGUCAUAAAUUUUAGAUUUAAUUAAAAAUGGUAAUUUAUGCAUUAGGCAGUUGGCCUUAGGGAACUUUUCAGAAAAAUAGUUAUAUUCUAAAAUGUUUAAAAAGCACACAAAUCCUAAAAAUGGUCACAAAGCACACUGAAAAAGAGUUUAGAUGUUAAGAAUGAAAGGUGCCCCUGUGAACAAGGGGUUACAGUUGUUGGGGUUACAGUUGCUGACUUCAAAUCACUUGCCACUCACUGCUAUGGGUUUGAAACUUUGCCUGGGUUAGCAGAUUGUGUGAAGAAACCAACCAGCUGGUUCGUAGAAGGGUGUGGUUCUACCUAGGUGAUGGCCUGUGAUGAAAUGAUGCCUGGUAGGGCACCUGGGGUCUUCCUCCAUUCUAUGGUUGUGAUGGUAUAAAAGCAAGAAUUGAAAGAUAUGGUUAUUACUUAAAUGUAAAGUUUAUGACCGAAAAUUGGGCAGCAUAUGAAUCUUUUUGUAAUGGACAAUCUACUCGAUUUCUAGCUUUGAUGAUGCACUCUUAUAGUACAUUUUCUACCUCAAUGUUUAUUGCAUAAUUAUAGUUAACUGGUCUUCAACCUAUAACCUCAGUACAACAUUGUUAUUAUUGCAUUGUCUGAACGAAACUAGCCUAAUUUGGCACUAUGAACACUAGCUGCAAGAGAGGCCUGGCGACAGAAUGUCCUUACGAUGGAAUUAUAUUCAUUCUAUUUAGGUCUAAAAGUUUUGAACUGGAAUAGAAAUUCCUAGUGUACAUGUCUUGAUUACUGAAGUAACUGUGAGUUCUUUUAUUAAGAUAUUUCAGAUAAGGGGAUGCUUGUACUCUAAAUUGAGUAGUGACAAAGACUUUUGAGGAAAAAUUCAGUUAUUUCCUGAACUAAAAUGGGGUUUUUAAAUAGAAUGACUAUAGUUUUAUAUUCACAGUGGUGUACAAAACAUACUUUUGGAGUAUGUAAUGUACAACAUUUGACAAACAUCUACUGUCGCCCUCUUCUAAGAAAGCAGUGCAUUUUGGGUAAUUGUUAAACUAUAUUGUUCUACCAGUGUUUUUGACUUAUUUUGUUGUUUACUUUUAACAGUUUUGAUUCUACAGUUAUUUGAAUUACUGCACUUUGUCCAAUCUGAAAUUGGUAAAUCGUAAUUUAUGAAAUGUGAACAUUUUCGGGAAACAAAUAAAUAUGUAUAUCAUGAAUAAUGAAUUUGUUGUGAAGAGUUUGGUCUUGUCGUAUGAUAUCAGUCAUAACACUUCCUGUUUGAAGAAGGGAAAAGAAGAGUGUACCUACUGAUGUGUAGAAUUAAUUGUCUCCAUUUUUAAUGACAUGCAGUUCCAUUUAUCUCUCUUGCUGUGUGCUAAUUUAAGAAAGUAUACACAGAUUUAAAUCGUAAAAGGUCACAUGUGGUUCUCAGACAGCUUGUGUGUGAAAAGAAUUGGAACCAUAGUUUUACCUUUGCAUGAUUGAAGGAAGCAACUAAUAGAGUCUGAACACUUGGUUUUUCAGUAUCUCUGGGAUUCCAGUACGUAUAAAAGUUUUGAUUCCAUACUUCUCAUUAUCUUAUUUCGAUGUAAAUGAGAUGUGAAACCAAAAUUUUUACUCCAGUUCGGCACCAUAUAACCUGUAUUGUGUUGGUGCACCAUAAAAACCAGAUUAGCCUAACUAAAAGAACACUGUUAAAAUUCGUAGAUAUUUUCAAAAUUGUAAAUUUUUCUGCCUGUAUUUUCCCCAACAUUCCCUACUCAGAUAACUCCUGUUCCGACAUUACAGAGUGACUUCCCUUGAUACUUGUGACCUUAAUACUGGGAUUUAUAUUUUCAUAUUUUUCUACAGAAGCAUUUUAUUUAAAUAAUUAUUUUUAUAGAACAUUUUGGUACGGUGUUGAUGUUUUUAAUAUAAAAAUGGUCAAUAUUGUGUUGUGAACAUUUUGUAAGAUAUUAGUCUAAGAACUGUUUUCAAAAUGUGGUAGCUUUAGAAAACAUCAGUUACAGCCUGUUACAUAAUUUGUACCUUAAUUCUUCUUACUGUAAGGCAGAAGGAUAGCUUGACAAUAUGAAAUGAGAAAUAUUAUGACAAAAAGGUUGUUUUAAAAAGUUUAAAAUUAUUUUUUUUAAACGUAGAUUUGAAUUUCAAGCCAUAUGCUGGAACAGUACUGAUGGACUUAAAAGGAAAAUGUGAUAUUCUAUUGAUAAUCUUACCACUAAAUUAUAGUUACAUUAUGAUCAAGCAGUUCUGUAAAUUUAUUAAUUCUCCAUUUUGAAGUAGUCACAUGCUAAACUGGUAGUUUUCAACGUGACCGUACACCAAGGCCAUCCUGCUGUCUUAAAAAAAUCUAAAAUAAGCUCAUGACUUUGUUAUUCUGCCAUAUAAUUUUCAGAAUUUUGUUAUAACUGGUAUACCUUGAUCUUUCAAUCAAUAUUUUGUACUUUUAUAUUGUUACAACACUCAAAACUGGUACAUAUUAGGUGUGGAAAGUUAUUUACUCAUGAUUUUAAGAGCACUCCUUGUCUAAAACAGUUUAAAAAAAAAUCUGUUCAUAUGUUCAGCAUUGAAAUUUUUAUAUUUUAUAGGACACCUUUUUCACCAGUAUGACUAUGAUUUAUUACAGCCAAAAUUUCUUUUCCUUUAGUUAAUUUGAAUUAGGAAAUGGUAUUAAAAAGUAGUGUUAAAUAUGGGAAGUAGAAUGAAAAUGGAUUCUGGGUAAUAUAUGGUAAAAAUUAGAAAUUGCUUUAAACACAGGUAUUGAUUUACAAGCUAACUGAACACAUGAUGUUGAUGUUAACAUGUGUAACAUCUGCUAAAAAUGUGAAUAGUAAGGCUUAAAGGUAGAGUUUCAUUUUUGUAACUUUUCUAAACUUCCACAUUUUAUAAAGAGAGAGAUUUCAAACUUAUUUGUAUUUUCAAAUCGUACUUUAUUAGUGAAAAUACCGAAUAAACUAUUUUACCAUCAAGUAAGGACAGUUAAAAAGCACUUCAUGUUACCAGUUUAUGUUGAAGUGCACAAAAUCUGAGUUAUUUUUUCAAUGACAGAAUUCUUUUACCCUACCACUGGUAUAACAUCAGAUGAUUUUAUUUAAUUAACAUAUUCUGAAAAGUAUUUUACUCUUUAUCCUUAAUCUUACCUUGAAUUUUUAAUCUUGUUAUGUUCAAUGAAUAAAACAUGUUUUGAAAAGUUUUACAUAAUAAAGAACACUUUGAAGCCUAUUUGUAAAAGCCUUUAAUUCCAGAGACCUAUUUUUUUUUUUUUUUUCAUUAUUUUUUUUUUGUUGAAAUUUGAAUGUUGCUUUUAUAGUUUUAUCAUCUGUACUGAGAGUAACUGAUCUCGUGAUUAAACCUGUUUAUCUUGGGUUUCAUAAAGAAACAAGUCAGUUUUGGGAAUCACAUGAUCAAAAUAAUCUCCAAAACAAAAUAAUAUUUUGAAGAACAUGAAUAAAUUUCCUACCAUGAUAUGAAAUUUAACAUGGCCAACGAAUGUUGUUAAAUAAUUCUGUAGUUACAAUGAUGAUAGAUUUCUGGUUACUACAAACCCAAAAAUAAGAAGUUGUAGUUCCUUGGAGUGUUCCAAAUAGUCGGAAGGUAAUUGUGAUUGAAAUUAUGUAGAUAUAGAACACAUCUAUAUUGCCGUAAGAUAGGCUAUAUUUUAGAUUUAGAGCAAAACUUGCUUAAAUAUUAUACCAUAUUAUUCGUAAAUUUACUUUGGUUUACCGGUAGAGAUAAUUUUGACCAUGUGAUUCCCCACAGAGAAGUCAUGAUAAGUGGUUGACAGUGUUUCCAGUAACUAGUGCCAAGGGGUCUGGAAUUAAAGGCAAUGAUUACUUUGUUUCAUGGGUGUUAAGAAACAAGGAAAAAAAGAAAGAAAAAAAGUAAGAUUUAGAAAUUCACAGCUGUUACGUGGUAUCUGAAUAAUGUAGGUGGUUAAAUAUUGAUUUCAAGAAAUUGUGUUAUGUCCAUUGAGCAAGACAGAACAAUGUUGGUUAUUUAUUGAAUUUUCACUAUUUUCUCAACACUUGAUUAUGUAUCCAAUUUCUUCAAUAAAGUUUUGUUUGGCA